CAGGAAUUUACGCUGCUAUCGCGAUUAUGUCGAACGACAUCAUUUGAGCGCCCGAGGUAUCGACAAAAUGGCCAAGAAAGCAAAGGCGAGAUUGAUCAACGUCCGGCUCAUCUCCAUGGCCAUGACCGGCUUCUUCUAUACCUUCAAGCGACCCAGAACAAGUCCCAUGAUGGGAAUGCUGAAAUAUGAUCCCAUAGUUCGAAAGAAGGUCCUAUUCCUAGAAACGAAAAAGCGAUCGAAAUGAAAGAAAACGAUUCCCCUUCGCCCCCGAACGGCAUCAAUCCCACUGCACGCUCAGGGAUUGUGAAGAUAAUGAUUGGGUUGUGGGCAGUCCGGAUAUUCAGAGCCCGCAGCUGUGUAUAUGUACAACAUGAAGAGCAUUUCUGGAGUUCGAGGGUGGGCUGGCACUGCGCUCGAUGCGCUAGAGAGUCAAGAUAUACAUCAUCUGUUUCGAAGUAA